UUAAUUGAGUAAUUAAUCUUUGAUCCUGCAGAAAUAUAAUUUAAUUUGUUGUAGUCGAUUUAGUUUAUUUUAAAAUAAAUACAUGCAGUUUUAAAAUAGUAUGACAUGAUGAUCCUUCGCUGAAAAUCCAGGAUUUCAUACGUAAUAUUUCAUCAUCUCAUGGCAUAAAAGCUCUCUUCCAUAUCAUCACACUCAUUUUAUCGGUACCAAUUGUUCUUACCAUUUGGUAUAGCUCACAUCUUUAAUGCUAUAGUUUUAAUUUUUCAAAUAAGAGUGCGCUUCACAAUAUAUUUAACUCGCAAUUGUUUUUUUGUUUUUCUUUUUUUAUAAACUGACAAAAUAUUAAAAAACGGUGAUAACGAUACAUUAGGAAUAAAUUCCUUAAUUCGUUGUGCUGCAAUUUGUGUCAAAUGGCUUUGAAAUUUGGCAAGUUGGCUCGAAUUCAUAGAGUUGUCUACUACGGCUUAUCACCGUUGGAGCAACGAGCUUGGGCAAAAUCGAUAACACAUGGUCUACCUAAUGUGCUGAACAGAGGAAUACGUUUGCUUCCAACAAUGCUUCCAGGUUUUAUAAUGUCAAUUGUGAUAUAUACGUGGUCAAAUGCAGCACAUGAUCGAUAUACUCGUAAAGAUCCCAAAUUAUACGAGAACGACACAUAAAUGCAGAUUAUGAAUUAAUUAUGUUAUUAAGUUUAACAAUUUUUGUUUUAUGAAUAAGUUUUUCAUUUAAUAAUAUUAUCUGUUUGCAAUUGUUUCUAAAGUUUAAUAAAAGGUAUAAUAGAAAUUAAAUAUCUUUUAUUGCUAUUUUUAUGUAUAGUGUAUAUGUGUAGGUGAUAACUAUAUACAUAUAUAGAUCCGAGACAUGAGUCGUGGAUCAUCGACUGUUUAAGAUAAUCCAGAAUGUUUAAAUUAGUAUAUACAAUUAAUAUUAUAAGACUGUUAUUUUCUUGUUUGUAUUUCGUAUCCAAAAGACAAUGUUAAAAUUUGAUUGUCGAAAAUAUAUGCUUAAUGGUUUUUGUGGUGCAAAAGUAAUUUUUUAAUUUUUUAGAAAGUUUUAAAAUUAUUUGUUUAAUAAAAAACAUAGAGGAAGAUCGCCAAUACCGGAAUAGACCUUGUAAAUAUUUAAUUAAAAAAUUCAAUAAAUUUUCAAAUUUACGUAAG